AUGGCACACCAUAGAGGCCAGCAAGGAGCUCUCUUCAGCCAUCCUCUAGUCGCACCCAUUCUCUGGCCGCACGUGGAAGACCUCUGGAAGGAUUCUCAGCCACCGCAACCAGCGGCAGCGUGGGCUGCCUUCAAGCGCCCUCUGUCUGUACCCCUGUCUCCCCCCUCCAGGAGCUCUCUUCAGCCAUCCUCUGGCCAAACGUGGAAGUUCUCUGGAAAGUCUCCAUGCCGCCGCAACCAGCAGCAGCAUGGGCUGCCUACAAGCAUCUUGCUUCCUUCCCAUGUUGUUCGUUCACUCUGUAUCCAUGUGCCUUCCAAGCAGGAGCUCUCUUCAGCCAUCCUCUGGCCACACGUCUCAGACCUCUGGAAGGUUUCUUUGCCGCCGCAACCAGCAGCAGCGUGGGCUGCCUUCAAGCGCCCUCUGCUCGCUGCUGUGGCAGCGUGUGUGGUGACGGGCACGCCUGGGAGGGAGAGGCUCUGGUCCAAAAACGGGGGGAUCUUUGGGUUCCUUCCCUUUGCUGUGGGUGGUGGCGGUGCUGGUGGUGGUGCUGGUGGUGGUAACAGUGCUGGUGCUGGUGGCGGUGCUGGUAAUGAUGGUGGUGCCACUGCUGCAAUUCUCGCAUCUAAUGCCAGGCCUGGCGAUCUGUUCUGCAGCGCUCAUGCUGAUGCAGGGGUGCCAGGGGGGAAGGGGGUGAGAGUCGGAGGAGUGAUAGAUGGGGCAGUGAAUAGUGAGGGAGACAAAGGGAUUGCGACAGAACGAAUGCAACGGGGAGGGGGGGAAGAUUUAAGGGAAGGAGGGGGGAGAGGAGGAGAUGGAGGGGUGUUGAGAGGUGGCGAGGGGCUGAGCGAUGGGGAAGUGGAUUUGGGGGAGUUGGAACCCAUUGGAGACCUCUCCUUAGACAUGUAUGGUUCUGGUGCUGAUGAUAUGUGCGCGCGAACUGGCCGUGGGAAGGCCCAUGAGGAGGAGGAGGGCCAGCACAUGAUGAGUUGUGAUGAGGAAGGUUACCACAAGGAUGGUGGUUACCACAUGCACAGUCAGGGGCUCUGCGAGGAGGCGCAUCGUGUUGGUGAUAGUACUGCUCCUCGUAACAGCGACUACAACGAAAGUGAUUCUAUCCGAGGUGACUAUAGUGAAGGUGAUGAUGGUAAAGAAGGUGAGAGUGGUACCGAAGUGAGAGAGCUGAAGCGCCAGGUUAGGCAGCUGUUUGGAACGUUCGUUGAGGGAGACGUAGGGCAGUGGGCAGCCUUGGCAGGCGGACCAGGAUUUGAGGCGCCUCGAAAGCUGUUUGGGGCGUUUGUUGAGGGAGACAUAGGGAAGUUGGCUGCCCUGGCAGAUGGACCGGUAGCAGUUGGUGGUAUUGGGGAGAGUGGUAUGAGGGAGGGUGAUGUGAGGGAGGGUGACAUGGGGGGGGUUGAUGUGAGAGAUGGGGAAUCAAGGGAGGGUGGUGUGAGAGAGAGUGGCUUGCGGCAGGGUGAUGGGGUGCCUGCCCUCAGCUCUCCUCUCCUGUGUCGCUUGUCAGAGAGGAUAGAUAGCCUUGUGACUCGAGCUGCUGCAGCUGGCGAUACUUCUGGUGCUGCUGCUGCUGCUGCUGCUGCUGCUGCUGCUGCUGCUGCUGCUGCUGCUGCUGCUGCUGCUGCUGCCGCUGCUCCUGCUGUUAAUUCUUCUGGCGAUGUUGUUAACACUCAAGAGAACCCUCAAAUGAACCCUCAAGUGAACCCUCAAGUGAACCCUCAAAUGAACCCUCAAGGGAACUCUCAAACAGAGGCAGAUUCCUUGGUGGUGUGUGCGGAUGUGAGCAGAGGGAAGGAGUUCUUUGAGGCGCCUCAAAAGCCUCGUCUGGCUAAGACUAAGGGAAAGGGAGAUCUGGAUAAGUCCAAGGGAGAGGGAGAGAAGCUGGUGGUGUGUGCAGAUGUGAGCGGAGGGAAAGAGAGGGUGCCGAUACCAUGUGUGGUGGACGAGGCAGUGAGGCAGGGGAUGAGGAGUAGGGGGGAUAAGGGAGAGGAGGAAGGAGGGGAUUGGGAGCGGUGGAGGGAGUUUGAGUACAUCACACAGCGGUGCGUCGACCCCAGCCUCGGUCUUGAUCUCACUAGAGGCCUCCUGGUGUACGAGUGCAAUGCGCGCUGUGCGUGUGAUGCCCUCAAGUGCCCCAAUCGGGUGCUGCAGCGAGGCAUUCAGCAUCGCCUUGAGCUCUUCCUCACUCCACACAAGGGCUGGGCGGUGAGAGCAGCUGAGCCGUUGAAGCGAGGCACCUUUGUGUGCGAGUACAUUGGGGAGGCGGUGGGCAGCAUUGUAAAGGGCUGGGCAGUGCGAGCAGCUGAGCCAUUGAAGCGAGGCACCUUUGUGUGCGAGUACAUCGGGGAGGUGGUGGGCAGUGCAGACGGAUGGGCAGUGAGAGUAGCUGAGCCGUUAAAGCGAGGCACGUUUGUGUGCGAGUACAUUGGAGAGGUGGUGGGCAGCACAGAAGCCAGCACACGUGCACAGGCAUACCCCGACAUCGGCUCUUAUCUGUACGAUAUAGACGCACACCUGGACGCGCCUCGUGCUGCGGUGCACUGCGGAUCAAGUGAGAGAUCAUCAAGAGAAGAGAGGCUUGGUAGUCAGAAGCAGGGAAGUGCGUUGGUCAAGAGAAGAAGCAGAUUGGCACGGACUGGUGGGCGUGCUGGGUGGGUGAGGAGAAGCGAGCAGCUGGAGAGGGAGCGGCUUAAAGAGAAAUGGGAGUGGGGUGAGGAGGGAUGGGAGGAUGAGGAAGAGGAGUUGGAGGAGGAGGAUUGGGAGGACUUAGGGAACGUGGAAGAUUUGGAAUUGGAGGAGUUGGGGCUGAAGAAGCCGCAGCAGCAGCUGCAGCAGCAUUUUGUGAUUGAUGCUACUCGCCAGGGGAACAUUGCAAGAUUCAUCAACCACAGGU